UGAACUUUUAACAAACCUAUAAACCAAGUCUUAUUGUCAUUUCGUUUAGUCAUUGCUGCUGCUUCUACUAGUAAGAGAGGUUCCUCCAGUUCUGAUAAACGUUUGUCUUCUAAUGCUGUGGUCCUUUCGUCAAAUUCGUCUCCGAUAUGUCAAGUCUGGAAGCGUUAAUAGUGCGUUCCAAUGCCGAAGUUCUGUCAUUGAAUGCGCCUGAAGAUACAUCGUCUCCUGUGCAUAUGCCAAGUCAACAAUCGUUUCAACCUGAAGAUUCGUCGUCUCCUGUGGAUAUGCAAAUUCAACAGUCGAUUCAGUCUGGUAAUUCCGACGACUCAUAUGGAACCCACCAGUUCGAAAAUAUGCAUCCGCAAUUUAAUUACAAUGGUGGUCAUUACAACUGGGGAAUGCAGCAGCCGUACUGGAACUAUAAUUCACAUUUAAUGAAUUCUUCUUAUCAAACACCAUCAACUGUCCCUGAAUUUCCGAGCCAGCAAAAUAUUGGAGCAAUAACAAGCUAUAGGCCAAAUGAAUCACAUCAUCUGCAACUUCAUGCUGAAAGUAGUUCCGGCCCUUCUACAUCCCGAGAUUCUUCGUCUUAUUAUACUACGGAUUCUCCAUCGUCUCUUCCCAUUCCAAAGAAAGUCAAUCACGACAAAGAGAAAUACUUCUCUGACCUUGCCAAGAUUAAUGAAAAGUUGUCUAUGAUCGAUAAAAAAAUUAAUCCAGUUAACGAAUGCAUUGAGGAAAUAGAUGAAGGCAUUGCUUCUCUUCCAUUAAAAAACUUAGUAUUGGAAGCAUUCGAAAAAAUUCUUAAAAAAGAUGAAAAUCUGAAGAAGCUAGUAAGUUUUCAAUAA